AUGGCUUCCUCUCAGAUCCGCCUCAAAAUCCUCCCCAGUGUUCGUUGCCUAUUUGACAAAGUGGUCCAAGUGAAAGUGGAGGGUCUUGCUCCCCACAAAGCAGUACAGUUAAGGUCCAGGCUGGUUGAUGACAAAGGGGUGCUUUUUAAAGCUUCUGCCCUAUACAAAGCCGAUGAAAGGGGCUUGGUAGACGUGAGUAGCGACCCCUCUCUGGGUGGGAGCUACACUGGAGUGGAGCCCAUGGGUUUACUGUGGGCCAUGGCACCAGAAACUCCACACAAAAAAGUUGUGAAGAAGAACGUGCUGAGCCCGACCCUAAUUGAGAUAGCGGCGCACAACUGCGACACUGGAGAACUCCUAGCUUGUGGAACCAACGAGCGAGGAUACAUGCAGGAGGGCAUGAAGAGAAUCCCUGUGCAAGAGGGAAGAGUGCGAGGAGUUCUGUUUAUCCCUCCAGGAAAGGGUCCAUUUCCUGCGAUUGUGGAUUUAUAUACUUUCGGUGGAGGCCUCAGUGAGCAGAGAGCCAGCCUGUUGGCGAACAAGGGUUUUGUUGUGCUGGCACUGGCCUAUUAUGGCUACCAAGAUUUACCAAAAAACCCCAAACGCUUAGAUUUGGAAUAUUUUGAAGAGGCUGCAAACUACCUACAGAAUCAUCCAGAGGUUUUCCCCGGCAUAGGUGUCUUAUCAAUGUCUCACAGCGGUGCUCUAGGUUUGUCGAUGGCAUCUUUUCUCCCAGGCAUCACAGCGACUGUCUGCAUUAACGGCUGCGUUGCAAACACUGUGAUUCCAUUACAUUACAAAGACAUCGUCAUACCGCCACUCCAACACAACCUACAGAAUGUUCGGAUGGUAGAAUCUGGAAUCAUUGACAUAUGCAACGUCCAUCCGGACCCGACCCUGGAAAAAAACAGAGCGUCUUUAAUUCCAAUUGAACGUGCAAGCUGCCAUUUCCUGUUUGCUGUUUCGGAAGACGACCACAAUUGGACCAGCGCUUUUUUCGCCAAGCGGGCCGCUGAGCUUUUGGAAAAUCACGGCAAGGAAUCGUUCGAAGUAGUGUCUUAUCCAAAUGCCGGUCACCUUUUGGAGGUUCCACACAUGCCGUGUUGCCCAUCUGGCUUCCAUGCAGCAUUGGGAUGUGCUGUGGUGUUUGGUGGUGAGCCAAAAGCCCACUCAGAGGCUCAGCUGGACCUGUGGGAGCGAGUCCAAGAGUUCUUUAAGAAACACUUGAACAGCACCAGUGCUAAUUAA